GUUGGUGUUCAAGCUUUUCGCAGAGAAAAUGGAGGAUUCGGGAGCGAUUUUGUGCCAGAUAUCUUCUCUGAAGGACAUGCUCGACCAGGUGAACGAUGAAAUUGAGGCCAACAUUCAGAUCACGCGCGAGAUUGAAUCGGAGAUCGUCAAAUGCUCCGAGAUCGAGACCGCUUUGGCUCUCAGAGAAUCGGAACUAACAAAGACGCUUUACGUUUCGCACUUUGAAAUCAAUGGAUUCGCCAUCGUCACCGCUAAUUCAAGGGCCUCACUGAAUUGCUUGGAGAAGGAGUUAUGUUGUGCAAGAAUGAAGCGAUAUGAGAUGCUGAGAAGAAUCAAUGACAAGCGGGAAGGAUUUACCACACUCUGCCUAGAAUUCCAGAGGGACAUUGACAUAGGAAAAAAUGAUGAAUUGAGGGCUUUGCUGUCAGAGAAAGAUCUUCUUGAAAAUGAAAUCCAUCUCUUGGAUAAGAAAAAUAAUGCCUUGAAAAAUUCAAUGUUGGCAUUUGUGGAAGAAAUUCUUGAAGAUCUUCAUAAAUCUAACUCUGCUUUACAAGUUGAGAUACAGACUGGGAAUCAGGAAAAUGAGAAAUUGCUUAAGGAUAUUGAUGAUUUGCAGAAACUGUUUCUUUCAACUGUCAUGGCUGAUGAUGAUCAUUGAAGAUCACUUAGACAAUGUCAACACCCUCUCUGAGAAUUCCUUAUCAGAAGCACAGUUCUCCUCACCUCCAGCUGGCUCAAAUGAAUCCUCACCAAAUCCAGGCAACAGAUUCCCAAAAUCACUCCACAGCUCAUGAUCUGCCUCAUAACUUUCGCUUAAACAAAACUUGGCCAAAUUUUGAGGAACUGUGCAUGAACUGUUAAUGUGGAAAUAAUUUUGUAGAAAUGUAAAUGUGCAAUCUUGAAU